CGGGGGGGAGCCGGGAGCGCCGAAAGCAUGGCCGGCCCGGGCGCCAAGCGGCGCGCGGUGGCGGUCCCGGCGGCGGCGGAGGAAGAGAAGCAAGCGCGGGAGAAGAUGCUGGAGGCGCGGCGCGCGGACGGCGCGGACCUUGGGGCCGAAGGCGUGACCCUGCAGCGCAACAUCACACUGCUCAACGGUGUGGCCAUCAUUGUGGGCACCAUCAUCGGCUCGGGCAUCUUCGUUACACCCACGGGUGUGCUCAAGGAGGCGGGUUCGCCCGGGUUGGCCCUUGUGGUGUGGGCUGUGUGCGGUGUCUUCUCCAUCGUGGGCGCACUCUGCUACGCCGAGUUAGGCACCACCAUCUCCAAGUCGGGCGGCGACUACGCCUACAUGCUGGAGGUAUACGGCUCGCUGCCCGCCUUCCUCAAGCUCUGGAUCGAGCUGCUCAUCAUUCGGCCCUCCUCACAGUACAUCGUGGCGCUGGUCUUCGCCACGUACCUGCUUAAGCCGAUCUUUCCCACCUGUCCAGUGCCGGAGGAGGCAGCCAAGCUCGUGGCCUGCCUCUGCGUGCGUGGAAGAUGGGAUCAUACCUGCCAAAGUCUGCUCUCAGUGCUGCUCACAGCUGUGAACUGCUACAGCGUGAAGGCUGCUACCCGAGUACAGGAUGCCUUUGCUGCUGCCAAGCUGCUGGCCCUGGCCCUCAUCAUCCUGCUUGGCUUCAUCCAGAUGGGAAAGGGUGAUAUGUCCAACCUGCACCCUCAGUCAUCCUUUGAAGGCACAAAUUUGGAUGUGGGGAACAUUGUGUUGGCAUUGUACAGUGGCCUGUUUGCCUAUGGAGGAUGGAACUACCUGAAUUUUGUCACGGAGGAGAUGAUCAACCCCUACAGGAACCUGCCCCUGGCCAUCAUCAUUUCCCUGCCCAUUGUCACAUUGGUAUAUGUGCUGACGAAUCUGGCCUACUUCACGACCCUGUCUACCAACCAGAUGUUGAUGUCUGAGGCUGUGGCUGUGGAUUUUGGGAACUAUCACCUAGGAGUCAUGUCCUGGAUCAUUCCUGUCUUCGUGGGCUUGUCCUGCUUUGGCUCUGUCAAUGGUUCUUUGUUCACAUCCUCCAGGCUGUUCUUUGUGGGAUCCAGGGAGGGCCACCUGCCUUCUGUCCUCUCCAUGAUCCACCCACAGCUCCUGACACCUGUGCCAUCACUGGUGUUCACAUGUGUCAUGACCCUGAUGUACGCCUUCUCCAAUGACAUCUUCUCCAUCAUCAACUUCUUCAGUUUCUUCAAUUGGCUGUGUGUGGCCCUGGCUAUCAUUGGCAUGAUGUGGCUCCGCUUCAAGAAGCCUGAACUGGAGCGUCCCAUCAAGGUGAACCUGGCCCUCCCAGUGUUUUUCAUCCUGGCCUGCCUCUUCCUCAUUGCCGUGUCCUUCUGGAAGACACCCAAGGAGUGUGGCAUUGGAUUUGCCAUCAUCUUAAGUGGGCUACCUGUCUACUUCUUUGGCGUCUGGUGGCAGAACAAGCCCAAGUGGCUUCUGCAGGCCAUCUUCUCUGUGACGGUGCUGUGCCAGAAGCUUAUGCAGGUGGUUCCUCAGGAGACUUAGCUGCUAUCCUUAGUGCCACAGAGAGUGAGUGGCAUCUACUUCAAGACAACUGACCUUUGGAAGAGCAGCAUCCAGGCCUGUCAUCCCCCACAGCGCCAGUGAGCACCAACUGUCCAGCAUCAUCCACUGUUCCUCCAAUGGUCAGGUGUCCACAGUGGCUGUGAAAGAACUCUGGUACGAAUUUGGUCCCAGAAGGCGACCAUCUUUUCAUGGCACUCCGUGUUAGCACAUGCUGUGAGCUGAGGCCUGGUCUUUCUGACUUUCAGGGGACUGCCACAUCUGGCCUUUCUCCCCUCUCUGAUUUUUGUUUGGUUUUGUUUUUGUAGCUUGCAUUUGGGUCAAGUUUACACUACCAAGAUGAUUAUUUUUUAACAAAACAGGGUAGCAAGGAGCAGGAGCUCCGUAGCCAGAGCAGCCCAGCUGGAAAUGUGACGCUGCUGGCCACAGCUCUUCACCCAAGGCUGUUGUUCAGUAGCACAGUGUGCCUCAAGGGGACCACAUCACUGUCACCAGGUCAAAAGAACUACUGAGACUCAGAUGUUAUCUGUUCUACUGUGAACUUGGACUGACAGAUGGAUGACGCAUAUUCUAGCUUGGGCUGUUUUGUUUUUCUGGGAUCCUAGAGAUGGAACCCCAGCCUCAUUCAUAUGAGGCAAGUGCUCUACUGCUGAGUUAUAUAAGUGUAGAGCUUAGGUCUCAUUGUCUUGAAGGCCUGGUGAUUCCUCUUCCCUUGGCCAUACGUGAAAGAGAGCUCUGCAGCCAUAAUCCUAAUAGCAGCUGGCUGCCAUAGCUAGAAGCCCAUGGGAAGAGCUUGCCACCAGCUGUCAACUACAGGGCCAUGAUCUCUUGUGCACUCAGGCAGGCUCUGCAUCAUUCAAGGGGCUGUGCUCUGGUUCUUGCAGGCACAGUCUCCCCGCUACCCCAGCUCUCUUAGAAAUGGACCAGGAAGGAGGUCACAGUGACCAGUACCAUGGAUCUCCCACCCACACAUCUCUGUUCACCUCCAUAGUUCCUGAGACUGUCAUCACCAUCCCCUCUUUAUCCCAUGUAGCCAUUGUCCAGAACAAGCACCCCUCCCUAUUCUCUGCCACCUGUGUGGCAAGACCACUCCAGCUUCCUGAGUACGAAAGCUGCUGGCUGCAUGCUGCUAUCCCUCCUAUGUGGACCAUCCUCAGGUUUCCUGUUCUGUUCUGGGGGAGACAGUUGAGGUCCAGCCAGCGCAUCUCACCAAGCCGCUGAUCUGCUUGGAGUGACAUCAGGAUAUAGACUCCCUUGCUGACUCCAGCCAUUGUGGCCUGCCUGAAGCAGGGCAGUGACUAGAGUAACUGUGCAGCCCUUGCAUGGUGGUAACCUUACUACUGCCCCCCACCUCCCUCUAUGUUUCUGGGGUCCCCUUUCACUGGGGUGAGGAGGGAGAGGCCAGAGUGCUUCCUGAAGGCUCUCCCAGAGAUCUGAACUGAGGUCCCUGUCCUGGAAAUCAGGUCAGGAACCCAGUCCUAGCCUGGGUCCAAAGAGCAGGGACUCUUGGGCCAUGUUCAUGGUGCUGACCAAGGCCCUCUGAGAAGGCCCUGCUCAUUCCUGUUUCUGAUGUCCUGGGGUCUCCCACCUGUAGGUUUUUGUUUUCUUAAAGCAAGCCCUGAUCACACAAUCAUUUUGUUCAGUGCUUUGCAUUUUGGUUUUGUCCUAACAUGCCACUGACCUAAAGAACGCCUGUGUCUGGCUUAUUUCAGAGGUCAGUGUCUAAGUGGUGUGUAAAGGCUGUGUUCCUACCACAUUGGGUCCAUCUACUGUGCCAUCUGAGUUGGUGAUGUGGUUGUAACAUCUUCACUGUUGUAUUAAUGGCUAACCUGUUACACUGGGCUGGGGGGUUGGUGGGGUUUGGCUGUUUUAUGGGACUUUUUGUUUGUUUGUUUUUUUAAAAAAAAAGCUAUUGGAAUUCUAA